CACCAGCCCUCCUUUUCAAAUCGCUUUCAAACAGGAACACAUCGCCGCCUCCUCCUCCCCUUCCUCCGCUCCCUCCCCCAUCCAUCCAGUGAUCCAUGGCCGCCGCCUCGCCCGAGUUCUUCAACCCGGCGGACGCCUUCUCGCCGCGCAUGCACCUCCUCUCCGCCGGCGCUGGAGACGGCGGCUGUGGCGACGGCGACGAAUACUACCGCUGCUGCAGGACGCCCACGGGCGCCGGGAUCGGCUGCCUGGGCCAGGCGGCCACCUGCCCGCCGGCGCCGCGGAAGCCGCGCGCGCAGCCCGACGCGGCCUGCCGGAAGCGCCUCUUCGACGUCCAGGUCAUCAGCCUCCGCUUCGACGACCUCGACGCCAUCUUCCGCCCCUCGCCGCCGCCGCCCUGCCACGACCGCAACAACAAGCAGCAGCAGCAGCGGCAGCGGAGCCGCCGCGUGCUCGGCAGGCUCGCCGCUGGCUCCACCGGCCGGAGCAGCCGCGCCAGCUUAAAUUAAGUGCCUGCCAUUAGCAGUCAGUACCCAGUAGUUGAGUUGAGUUGACACUUGUGUGGAUGGAUGAUUGAGUUAUCAGCCAUCUUCAGGUAAAAACAGUAGUGGUAGCCACGACCCAUACUUCGCUUUGCACACCCAUCCUCUGUAAUCAUCCGUCAUAAUAAUAUUAUUAUUUCUACUGUC